CCUGUCUUUAUCCCAGUGAACUCGUCGUACACGAUCAUCUUCGAUGUCGGACGCUGGGGCGACCUUGGCGAAAUUGCUCCAUGGGCCCAUGCUGGCCGGGACGUUCAUCAACGCGGUGCUCUAUGGAGUCUCCAUUACUCAGGUGUACAUCUAUGUCAAAACGUUCAGGACGACCGACAAGCAGUGGAUCAAAGGAUUCAUAGCUGUCUUAUUCGCGCUGGACACGAUCAACACCGUUUUUGACAUGGCUUUCAUGUAUGACUCUGUAAUUAGCCAUUUUGGAGACGUCGCCUAUAUCCAAAAUGCGAAUUGGAUAUUCUGUACAGAUCCUGCUCUGACAGGUGUUAUUGGGGUUACUGUUCAGCUGUUUUUUGCGUGGAGGGUCAAGAUCCUCACUGGGAGUACCGCGGCGAGUAUAGUGAUCGCACUCACCGCAAUUUUGCAAUGCUUGGCCGGCAUUGCAACGUCGAUCGCCGUUGGUUUCAUCCCUGCCUAUCUCGAGUUCCGCAGAUUCAAACCUGCUGUGAUCGUCUGGUUGGCUGGCUCGGCUGCAUGUGAUACCAUGAUCACCAUCGUUUUAGUCUGGCAUCUGAGGCGCCACAAGGGCGGCUUUUCAACCACGGACGAUGUUAUCGACAGGAUCAUUAGAGUGACUGUACAAACCGGCAUGCUUACUUCACUCGUUGCCCUCAUCGACCUCGUUCUUUUCAUCAGCAGUCCGUCAGGCUUGCAUCUAGCUUUCAAUUUUCCACUUUCAAAGCUGUAUACGAACUCCCUCUUGUCAAGUUUGAACUCACGGAAAGGUUGGGCGUUCACUUCAACGUCGGACCAGACGGCUUCAGCAACAGCUGAUCGUCGGACCAAAAGGGUCAGUUCUUGCCAAUCUCGAUGA